UUGUAUGACAGAUGACGGCUGUUAUUGGUUAUUGGAAUUUGGCAUUUAAUUUAUAGAAAAAUUGAGAUAAAAAUUAACAAUUUUGAGUGAAAAGAAGUUAUUUAAACGUUUGUAUGUAUGGUAUCGAUUUGAAAAAAGUAUUACAAAGGCUGUAGAUUGAAAAUAUGGCCACCGUUGGUGAUAAAGGGGAUGCAGAAACGUUUGAUGAUGCUGUAGAAGAAAGGGUAAUCAAUGAGGAAUACAAGAUAUGGAAACGAAACACCCCUUUUCUGUACGAUUUGGUGAUGACCCAUGCCUUAGAGUGGCCCUCUUUAACAGCCCAGUGGUUACCUGAUGUUACCCGACCCGAAGGAAAGGACCAUUCACUACACAGAUUGAUUUUGGGCACACAUACAAGCGACGAACAAAAUCAUUUACUAAUUGCAAGUGUUCAAUUGCCAAAUGAAGAUGCCCAGUUUGAUGCAUCACAUUAUGAUAAUGAAAAAGGAGAAUUUGGUGGCUUUGGAUCUGUUUCAGGAAAGAUAGAGAUUGAAAUUAAGAUAAACCAUGAAGGAGAAGUGAAUAGAGCCAGAUAUAUGCCCCAAAAUCCGUGUGUUAUAGCCACUAAAACACCAUCGAGUGAUGUUUUAGUGUUUGAUUAUACAAAGCAUCCUUCUAAACCUGAUCCCAGUGGAGAAUGUCAUCCAGAUUUGAGACUGAGGGGCCACCAGAAGGAGGGUUAUGGAUUAUCUUGGAACCCCAAUCUCAAUGGUUAUUUAUUAUCAGCUAGUGAUGAUCAUACAAUUUGUCUGUGGGAUAUCAAUGCCACACCUAAAGAAAACAGAGUUAUUGAUGCAAAAACCAUUUUCACAGGUUGUCAUACAGCUGUUGUUGAAGAUGUGGCAUGGCAUUUACUGCAUGAAAGUUUGUUUGGUUCAGUAGCUGACGAUCAGAAACUGAUGAUUUGGGAUACAAGAUGUAACAAUACAAGUAAACCUUCCCAUACUGUUGAUGCUCACACAGCAGAAGUCAACUGUUUAAGUUUUAAUCCAUAUUCAGAGUUUAUCUUGGCUACAGGUUCGGCUGAUAAAACAGUAGCUUUAUGGGAUUUGAGGAACCUCAAGCUAAAACUGCACAGUUUUGAAUCACAUAAAGAUGAAAUUUUCCAAGUCCAAUGGUCGCCACAUAAUGAAACGAUUUUGGCAUCGUCAGGAACAGAUAGGAGGCUUCAUGUUUGGGAUUUAAGUAAAAUAGGUGAAGAACAAAGUGCUGAGGAUGCAGAAGAUGGUCCACCAGAAUUGCUGUUUAUUCACGGAGGCCAUACAGCUAAAAUAUCUGAUUUUAGUUGGAAUCCGAAUGAGCCCUGGGUAAUAUGCUCGGUAUCCGAGGAUAACAUAAUGCAAGUGUGGCAAAUGGCUGAAAAUAUUUACAACGAUGAAGAACCAGAACAGCACACUCCAGAUCCUGAAGUUCCUGCUUCAUAAUACGCAAAAUAAUCAAAUUUAAAUUGUAUAUCAUUGUGCACGUUUUAUGUGAACUAUUUUAGUUAAUUUUAACAAAAUUUUGUCUUUUUUUAGUGAUGUUUAACAUUAUUUACAUUUUUUAUCGCUGUAAAACUUUAUAUAAAUGAAGCAAUAAAGAUGGUUAAUUUUUUAAUACACA